GGAGUGGCGUGCAAGGGAAACCCGGAAGCGCUGGGAAGGGGACUGGGAUUUCCUGUCGAGACACGCCUCCAUGGCUAUUGGUCACUUUUUUCACCCAAACUCCAGUGGAUACUGCCCCGAACUUCCGCUGUCCAAAGCCAAAGAUAGGCCCCACCCCGUACCGGUUAAGUGGCGGCGCGUGAGGCUGAGUCCCAGGCAUGGAGGGAGGCGGGCUGGGCCGCGCUGUGUGCGUACUGACCGGGGCCUCCCGGGGCUUCGGCCGCGCCUUAGCCCCGCAGCUGGCCCGGUUGCUGUCGCCAGGUUCCGUGCUGCUCCUAAGCGCACGCAGUGACUCGGCGCUGCGGCAACUGAAGGAGGAGCUGGGCGCGCAGCAGCCCGGCCUGCGAGUGGAGCUGGCAGCCGCCGAUCUGGGCACGGAGGCCGGCGUGCAGCAGUUGCUGAGCGCCGUGCGCGAGCUCCCUAGGCCCGAGGGGCUGCAGCGCCUGCUGCUCAUCAACAACGCAGGCACUCUUGGGGAUGUUUCCAAAGGCUUCCUGAAGGUGAAUGACCUAGCUGAGGUGAACAACUACUGGGCUCUGAACCUGACCUCCAUGCUCUGCUUGACCUCCAGUACCUUGAAUGCGUUCCCGGACAGCCCUGGCCUGAGCAGGACUGUGGUUAACAUCUCAUCUCUGUGUGCCCUGAAGCCCUUCAAGGGCUGGGGUCUCUACUGUGCAGGGAAGGCUGCCCGAGAAAUGUUGUGCCAGGUUCUGGCUGUUGAGGAACCCAGGGUGAGAGUGCUGAGCUAUGCUCCAGGACCCCUGGACACAGACAUGCAGCAGUUGGCUCGGGAAACCUCCGUGGACCCAGAGUUAAGGAGCAGCCUGCAGAAGUUGAAGUCUCAGGGGAAGCUGGUGGAUUGUGGGACCUCAGCCCAGAAACUGUUGAGCUUGCUGCAAAAGGACACCUUCCAAUCUGGAGCCCACGUGGACUUCUAUGACAGUUAAGCCCAUAGCCUGUCACAGGGCCCCCUCAACCCUGCCUAACACACAUAGAAGCCCUCCGACCCAAUCAGCGCGGAGGGGUGGGCACUGCCAGUCUUGGGAAGAUUUCUGCAGAGGUUUGGGAGAGGGCUGAUGUGUACUGGAGUUCUCUGUCCCCAGGAAGAUCUGGGAAGAGCAGAGGAAGCAGAAUCACUGGACAGAUGAGGUUGAGUCUCUUGUCUGUGGUCAGUCUGUGGGGUGAGGAGGGUGGGUUCUGAUGCAGAGAGAGGACCGAGGACAUCACGUGUGGAUGCUCCUUGAACUUCAUAUCUUUGUUGUACUGCCUUCAUCCUGUGGUAGUCACUGGUCCUCCCUUGACUCUGGUCCAAAUACAUAGUUAAUGAGGCAGAUGCAAUAUGGGUUGUCUUUCAUGAAUGCCUGCUAUCCCUUUAUCGAGGUCCCAGGAGUGACCCCCUGGUUCAUUAGACAGUGGGUCCUGAGAACUUUACUGCUCUUAUUCUCCAGAGCGAAGGCAGAGAGUGGUCUGCCUUGUUUCAUCAAGGUCCACAUAGUGGGAAGCACAGGUCCAAAGUCAUCAAGAUGGAGGUCCUGGGACACCCAUGCCCUUCUCCCACUUCUGUCCACACUGACCCACCUUUGCUGGCAUUUCCUUGAGGGUCCCAGAGCCAGUCCAUGAGUAUCAAUCCUCAGGGCCCAGCACACAGCAGACGGCGCUGAGCAGUGAGUGCUUGAGAUCCACUUCUACACCUUGUUCACCUGGCAGUGCUGUGAAUAGGUCCCAGGUCCUGUGACAAGCCCUGACACUGUCCUUGUGGCCCUUGGCCUGCUGUGGUACAGACAGGGACAACAGGCCUUUGGGAAAGAAGACCUAGGAUCCUUGAAGGAAGUGCUGAGGGAUCUGGUUCUUGUGCAGUCCACCAUCAUGGACUGAGAACUCCACCAUGGGAGUGGUCUGCAGCCAGCCUCUUGGGACACCUUUGACAAAGACCAUACAGUGUCCAGCCAUCAAAAAUAAACAAACAACAAAAUGA